AAUCGGUGGUCACGAAGAAGUUGCACAUACUCAAACACUCUCUUCAUCUCUUCAAUGAUCACCUGCAAAUCUUCAACCUCCUCGUCUUCCUUUGGAACUCACGCUCUCCAAAGGACGGUGAAACCAAGCCCUAGGUUUGUAGGCCUUUUUGAAUUUCAACGUAGCCCUUCUUCUCAGCGCAGCCGGAAGUGCGUAGCCGUGUCUUCCUCAUUUGGCCGACCCCAAUGGAGCCGCUCUGGAAGAAACCUUCUGAAUACUAAUAACACAAAUUCUAAUGCUGAUGAUGUUUUGGGAGAUGAGAAAGAGGAGAAAAUGGUGCAUUGUGAGGUCGAAGUGUUGUCUUGGCGGGAACGCAGAAUCAAGGCCGAAAUAUCGGUCAAUGCCGACAUCGAAUCGGUCUGGAACGCUCUCACCGAUUACGAGCGCCUCGCUGAUUUCAUUCCCAAUCUUGUUUGCAGUGGAAGAAUACCUUGCCCACAUCCUGGUCGGAUAUGGUUGGAGCAAAGAGGCUUGCAAAGGGCAUUAUAUUGGCAUAUUGAAGCACGUGUUGUCUUGGAUCUUCAAGAAUUUCUCAAUUCUGCUAAUGAUCGGAAACUUCACUUUUCAAUGGUUGACGGAGACUUUAAGAAGUUUGAAGGCAAAUGGUCCUUAAAAUCCGGGUCAAGUUUUUCAUCAACAACUUUAUCAUAUGAAGUUAAUGUCAUACCAAGAUUCAAUUUCCCUGCAAUUUUCUUGGAGCGGAUUAUCAGAUCGGAUCUUCCUGUAAAUCUUCAAGCCUUGGCUUGUAGAGCUGAAAGGAAUUUGGAAGGUGUGCAGAAGAUAGCACUCAAAGGGAAUUCAUCAGCACGAACAUCCAUGGGUGUUGUUAGUUCACUCUACAAGAACUUGGAUGGUGGCUUGUGUGAAAUGGAUAAAUUGUCACUUGGAGAGUUUAAAGAGAAAUUUGCUGGCUCUAAUUUGGGUCCCUUGCCUCUAUCUUCUAAUGAAUUGAACAGUAACUGGGGUGUGUUUGGAAAAGUUUGCAGACUUGAUCGAGCUUGCAUGGUGGAUGAGGUUCAUCUUCGUAGAUUUGACGGUCUAUUGGAAAACGGAGGCGUUCAUCGUUGUGUUGUUGCUAGCAUCACUGUAAAAGCUUCUGUUCAUGAAGUAUGGAGUGUUUUAACAGCAUAUGAAAGUCUUCCUGAUAUCGUUCCAAAUUUAGCUAUCAGCAGGAUAGUGUCACGAGAAAACAACAAGGUCCGCAUUCUUCAGGAAGGAUGUAAGGGCUUACUUUAUAUGGUACUUCAUGCACGUGUUGUGCUAGACCUUUGUGAACAUCUUGAACAAGAAAUUAGUUUCGAACAAGUUGAAGGGGACUUUGACUCGUUUCAAGGUAAAUGGCUUCUUGAGCAACUAGGAAAUCAUCACACGCUGUUAAAGUACAUUGUGGAGUCAAAAAUGCGCAAGGAUACCUUUCUUUCUGAAGCGAUUAUGGAGGAGGUUAUAUAUGAAGAUCUCCCAUCAAACUUGUGUGCAAUUCGAGAUUAUAUUGAAAGAAGGGAAGCAGAUCAAUCAGAGGAAGCCCGUGACCAAAAUAGAUACUCGAAGGAACAAAUUGCUUCAUCUAGCAUUAAUAUAGUUGAUGAUUGUAUACCAGCUGAGCAGGUCUGUGCUUUGAAUGGUCAAAGUUCAUUUAGACAGAGGCCCAGGGUUCCAGGCCUACAGAGAGAUAUUGAAGUUCUUAAAGCGGAGCUCCUGAAAUUUAUUUCAGAACAUGGGCAAGAAGGAUUUAUGCCCAUGAGAAAGCAACUUCGUUUGCAUGGAAGGGUAGAUAUCGAGAAGGCAAUCACACGCAUGGGUGGAUUCAGAAGGAUUGCCUCGCUGAUGAAUCUCUCUCUUGCAUACAAAUACCGCAAACCAAAGGGAUACUGGGACAACCUUGAACAUUUGCAAGAAGAGAUAGGUCGAUUCCAAAAGAGCUGGGGAAUGGAUCCAUCAUUUAUGCCCAGUAGAAAGUCAUUUGAACGUGCAGGGCGCUACGACAUUGCACGUGCAUUGGAAAAAUGGGGGGGCCUUCAUGAAGUUUCACGCCUUCUCUCCCUCGAGGUGAGGCACCCCAAUAGGCAGGGGAACCCUGCCAAGGAUAAGAAAAUUGAUUAUGUAAGAUCAACUGAUGUAAAGGAUGAAAACAAGACACCAUCUAAACCUGGUAUGGCUCAAGAUGCACAAAACUGGCUAACGAACCUAAAACAUCUUGACAUCAAUUGGGUUGAAUGAGAAUGUAAUUAUUCUUUUAUUUAUAUUUUCUUAGGGAUGUUAUGUUCAUAAUCUUUUUUGGCCUGGCCAUGGCCGUGAAAUGCCUAUUCAUUGAGGUGGGGAUUUAUGCCAUAGGCAUGAAAAUUCUUCGGAUAAAGCCAACUCAGACUCCAUUUAGCUCGAGAUUAGGGGUAGUGUAUUAUUGUUGGGUGGUGAUAGUUCAAUGGAUAUUGAUUGGAUAUUCAAGAGCUCUAAAAGUAAAAUCUCUUUGCAGCUUAA